CGAAUUCUAUGGAGCUGCUUAAGUGCGUCCACACGCAGCCCAAUCAGUAGUAUUUGAAUGGCUGAACGGGCCCAAACGUGCGAAAUUUUAAACGCAAGAGUCGGAAAUUCCCCGACAGAGUAGAAGCCACACCACUGAUCUCUGGAUAAACUUGAACGGAUCUUACAUGCGACUGAUCCGCCUUACAAAGAGUGGAUAAAAUAUAUUGGAGAACCGAGAUUAAGUGGCGCUUUCCGGUUCUAAUUGGGUGGCAUGUUUGACCUUUGAGCGAUAUUCCGUCGAGCAGCUGAACAGUCGAUAAGCUUUAUCAUCUUCUGCCAAAUUCUUGGGCAAUACGAUAAUCAUAGUUCCCAGAGCAUAAUCCAGUAUUGAGGGCCCCAAAAAUGGCAGCCCAAAGUAAACUUCUCGAAGCAGCCAUCGAGUGCAGCUGCCACGCGUAUGUGCAUCCAUGGACCUCCAGUUGUGCCGCUGCGGCAGCAGGAAUGAUGCUGGCUGAGGUUGCCCCUAGUUUUCGCACUUACUCGACCGUGUAUUUGCUCGCUUUGAUCAUGAGGAUGCGUAUUCCUAGACUGCAGGACCUUUGGCGAACUCUUACCGGCAUUCUCCAGUCGACUGCCUUCCUCUCCGUGAAUGGAGGGCUCUUCAUCUUCUCCGUGUGCCUACUCCGACAGCUCCUGGGUCGCUUCUACUUCCCAACGGUGGCUUUCUUGCCCUCGUUCUUGUCCAGCUGGUUGUCCAUUGCCGUAGAGCGCCCAGAGCGUCGUACUCCAUUGGCCAUGUACGUGGCCAAUGUGGGCAUCGAGACCGUGUGGAAGAUGCUCGAAUCGAGGGGCUUGGUCCGCUCCCUUCCCAAUGGACAGGUGCUAAUCAUGGGCCUGAGCAUCACCGCUCUGAUGUACCUGUACCGUGUGGGCCUUCACAAAACGGUGGCCAAGGAUGCCACCUUUAAGGGCCUGAGUGUGAUUCUUGGCAAGGAGGAGGAGGGUCCGCUCAAGACCCCCACUGUCACCACUACACAAAGCUCCCGGCAGCGUCCACUGAACUUCCAGAGUAUUUCCGCGUAUGUGCAGGUGUACGAUCGCCUGAGGACCGCCAAACAUCCCAGUUGUCCGCAUCGGCAAGGCUGUGCUCCGUACGCUCUCUACGGAGGAUUGAAGCCGUUCCUGGGCGGCCUGGGUCUGCAGGUUGGACUGAAGCUACUGCUCAACAUAUCCAAGAUUGUUAAGAUGAAGAUGCAGUGGCGCAAACAGAUCUUCAACAAGGGUUCUCUACAGCUGGGACUGGCUCUGGGUAGCUUCUCAUUGCUUUACAAGACAAUUUCCUGUGGUCUGCGGCACACCUGCGGCCAUGACAACGCUCUCUUUGCCAUUCCAGCUGGCUUGAUUGGCUCCAUUGGUCUGCUCCGCUUUCCCAAUACCACAGUGGCCAUGUAUCUGAUGUGGAAGACCCUCCAGCUGCUGUACAACUGGGGCAUUGCCGAGGGCAAGCUCCCAGAAAUGCCAUACUUCAAUAUGAUCAUGUAUGGCUUCUUCACGGGCGUGCUCUUCCACGCGGCCAUCCUGGAGGCACGUACCCUCCGACCCAGCUACUACAACUUCCUCAUGAAGAUCUCCGGCAACCGGAUCAGUCGCUUCAAUGUGCUGCCCUUCCAGGCGUACGGUCUGAAGAGCCAGGAUCAGAUCAACUAUGUGAUCAAGAAACUGAAAAUAGACAUGACAUCGCCUUUCCCCAUAUAUCCCCUCACUGUUUGAGAUGGAGUUCCUGGAUCAAAAGUUCAAA